AUGUCAAGAGAAGAGGCUCACUUCAUCCUUGGUUACCCCAAGAAGGGGCAUAAUCACUCCUACAUCACAGCUGAAGAGGCUGCAGGGAUCGGAAUCCUGACAAUGAUCCUGGGAGUUUUGCUGCUCAUUGGCUGUUGCUAUUGUAAAAGACGAAGUGGAUACAGAAGUUUGAGGGACAAAGGUAUUCAUGCUGGCAUUCAAAGUACCUUAACAGGAAGAUGUCCAUCUGAGGGGUUUGGUCAUCAGGACAGCAAACUGCCAUUUCAAGAGAAUAAUUGUGUACCUGUGGUUCCUGAUGCUCCACCUGCCUAUGAGAAACUCUCUAUAGAAAAAUCACCACCACCUUAUUCACCAUGA